GUAACGGAUCCCAUCCCAAUGGCCAGUUACUCUAAGGAGCCAGGAUUUCUGCCCUGUGAGUCCUGUGGUAUGGUUUUCAGCUCCUGGGCUCUGUUGGCCACACACACACAGCGAUUCUGCAUUGGCCGGCUGACUCCGGAGGUGACACAGCCAUCAGUAGCCAUGGACCAAAGGGGCACCACGGAAAUGCGAAUCUGGGCGACUGAGGGUCCCACCUCCCAGACUGCAGGAAGCCCUAGGGAAAGGCUGCGGGCCUUGCAGGGAACCCGCGACAAGCGCUUGGCGGAGACAGAAGAGCAAAGCAGGGCCCUGGAGCGCCGCAGCCAGGAACUAAACCAGCGCCUCCUUGACGUAGCAGGACCCAAGGGAGGAAUAUCCGCACCAUUCGGUCUGGAGCGCGAGCUCCGAGCACUCAGGGCCGAAGCGGGCCGGACGCGGGGCGCUCUACAAAGGCUGGGGGAGUGCAUCUUGGCGCUCCAGUCACAGCCCAGGAUCCAGCGACAUUAUUUUGAGGAGCCAGAGUUGUGUUCCCAGUCGCUUCCGCCCGAACCAGUAAAGCUUCUCGCAGAAAUCCAGGCCCUACGAGAGGCGUACGUGUGCGGUGGAGGCCGGGACCCAGGAGUUCUGGACAAAAUAUGGCAGCUACAAGUGGAGGCUUCAGCCCUGGAGUUGCGGCGAUCGCAGACCCGCAAGGAUAAAGCGAGUGCCACCUCUGAGGAGCUUGUAGUGGUGGAAGCAGAAAACCGGCUCCUGGAGGCAGAAAUACAGGCCUUGCAGAAGGGUCUGGUGCCCUGGGGUCAUAGAAGGGGUGAUAACUCCCUCCUUGCACCAGCUGCACCCCCAAUGCCACCACUUACUAGUUCCACAAAAGUCCAGAACUUCCAUGGCACUUCAACGUCUCACAUACUUAAAGGAACCAAGACAGGGAACGUAUGUCUGGAUCGACACAUCCUACCAGCAUCUGAUGUCCUAGGCCCUGCAUCCUAUGAUGCUGGGGCUGGUCUUGUCAUUUUCUAUGACUUCCUGUGGGGCCUUGAGGCUUCUUGGGUUUGGGUGCAGCUAAUCACAAGCUUGGCCCGAGAUGGACAGGAUACAGGAGGGACCACAGCAUUGCCUCCAGCCCUUUGCUUACCAUCACCUUCACCUCCUGGACCUAUGGGCAACUGUGCCAUCCUUGCAAGCAAGCAGCCUGUACCCAGGUUGCCUCCAUCUCCACUGGUGUCUUUGAUCUGUGAACUACAGGCAUGGCAGGGAGUUACAUGGGCACCACAACCAAAGGCUUGGGCCUCACUAUUGCUGUUUGACCAAGAUAAGCAGAUGCUUAGUGGUCGUUGGCGCCUCCCAUUUCGGGUCCUUCCUAAGGCCAACCUCAGACUUGGUGGGCUGAAUGAGAUUCCCCAGGCAGGUCAAGCUGAGCUCUUUCUGAGGCUUGUGAAUGCAAGAGAUGCAGAUGUCCAGACACUGGCAGAGAUCAAUCUAGCAAGUGCCCAUGAAUACCAAUACCCACCACUGGUAUCCAAUUCAUCUUCACUGGAAACCAGUUCCUUCACCCACAAUUCUGGACUCGCUGACCCCCGACCUCCCACAGAAGAUGAUUUCAUAAAUGUCAAAGAUAAAGAUGAGCAUUUGAGCCCUCACCAGUUUUGACCCAUAAGGUUUCAGAGGUGAAAGGCCUAUCUAGACUUGAACCUUUCCUAAUGAGGUCUGGAAGUAAUGCUAAACUCCAACCAAGCCAGCUAGGGCUUUUUCCUGUAUCUGUUUCCUUUUGUAAAGUAGUAAAUGAUUUCAGAUAUUCA